AUGGCACCUGUAACACAUUUUUACCGCCCGUCGCAUCGUCUCCCGCGCAUCAUCUCCCUCGCAUCGUCUCCCUCGCAUCAUCUCCCUCGCAUCGUCUCCCUCGCAUCAUCUCCCUCGCAUCGUCUCCCGCGCAUCAUCUCCCUCGCAUCGUCUCCCUCGCAUCAUCUCCCUCGCAUCGUCUCCCUCGCGGCGGGUGUGACCGGCGGUGUGGCGCGCAUGGCGACCUUCGAGGCGUACGAGCGGCAGUUCACCGCCAUCGUCGACGCCUUGUCGGACGGCGCGUCCAGCGGGCGGCUGCACGAGUCGCCGCAGCGGCGCAUCGACGACGCGGAGUCACUCAUUCGCCAGAUGGAUCUCGAGGCGCGCUCGCUCCCCCCCACCGACCGCGCGCAUCUGCUGGCGCGCCUGCGCGCGCACAAGCUCGCGCUGCUCGCCGCCAAGAAGCGCGCCGCGGAGGCGGGGGGGGAGGGGGGAGUGGUGGCGGGCGGGCAAGGAAAGGGGCAAGCGGGGGCUCAACGGGUGGGGCGAGCGGAGGAGGAGAGAGCAGCGCUGCUGGAAGAUGGAAGGGAUUAUGUGCCUCUGUCGGGCGCGGCGGACCAGCGGGCGCGGCUGCUUCAGGUGACGGCACGAGUGGAGGAGUCAUCGGUGCGCGUGGCGGAGUCGCGGCGGGCGAUGGCAGGCGCGGAGCAGCUGGGGGUGGCCAUCCUGGCCGACCUGCACCAGCAGCGCCAGUCCCUGCUGCGCGCCGGUGACACUCUGGAGGACGUGGACCAUCAGAUGAGUCGGGCGAGGCGGGUGCUGACAGGCAUGGCGCACAAGCUGCACCGCAACAAGUGGAUCACCGCACUCAUCCUCUCCCUGCUCAUGCUCGCCAUCGCUGCCGUCAUCUACCUCCGCCUGCGGCACUAG